GUUGUUAGUUUUUCACGUAAAUCGUAAAUUUUCGAGGAUGGGAAGUCAUCUCCCAACAUUUUUCGUGAUUGUAGCUCGCUGAUAAGGGAUAUUGUGCUCAAAAAUUGGUGUAAUAUGCUAGGCAUGAGUAUGUCGUUCAAGUUGAGUAGUGGUGAGUCGAAGAAGGAUCGCGAAACGAUCCAUUCCGGGCAGUUUAUGGUGUCGCAAUUUGAGGCAGAAGCACAGGAGGAUUGGGAUGACGAAGAAAUGCCCGAUCCGGAUAAGCCCAACGUCGUCAAUACAUGCACCGACAUCCAGCGGUAUGUGCCACGGACAAGUGUCUUCCGGAAUCAUGAGCUCUCCAUCGAGACAUCCCUCACAAAGCUCUUCAACUGCAUGAAACUCGCAUACAGACAAAAAUUAACCUCCCCAAAAUGGAAUCGCUUCAAAGGUAUCCGUCUUCGUUGGAAGGAUAAAAUUCGCCUUAAUAACUUAAUAUGGCGAUGUUGGCAUAUGCAAUUUAUCAUGAGAAAAAAGACUUUAUGUCAAUUUGCUUCACCACUAGACUGCGAUAUUCACAAUAAACCAGAAGCAGUUGUACUAGAGGGGAAAUAUUGGAAGCGGGAUUUGCUAGUUAUAAGUGCAGAGUACAAGAAAUGGCGGAGAUUCCAUCAUCAUCGUACCCUGGAACAUUCGAAUGCACUUGACACACUAAGUGAACGAGAUUUCGAUUGGUCAUCAAAUGACGACAGGAGUUUAAAUAAUAUCGACGAUCUACUAUUUUCAACUAUUUCGCAACCCUUUCAGUUUCCUGAUCCACGCGAAAUAGCAAGAGGAGCUGGAAUAGCGGACUUUAUUCAACCGGGUUUGGGGCCAUUGCAGCCCAAUUUGGAGGAUUUUAUGGAUACGUGUGAGCCAAUUGGGGAGUUCUUUGGUCCGUCGCGAUUGCCCCCGGUGUUGGAGGAGGCGCCCGAUGAUCUCUUCAAGUCGAUAAAUCUGUACAUAAUGGGGUCGGAACCGAUGGAAUCGGUGAAUAUGAGUGAAAUAUCCGGGGGCGGCAAUCAAGUGCAAAAUAACGUGCCAUCCGUGGGUGGUGGCAAUAUGUUGAGCGGCGGGAGUGCUGGGGUGGAGUUAAAGGAAGAGGUGUAUCCGAGUAGUCAGCAAUUGCACUACACGGCAAAGAUGUUGUCGCAUGAUCUGAGCAAUUUGCAGCAGCAGCAACAGCAACAGGGACAAACAUUCGAUGGAAGCAGUAGCAAUAUUCAGGCAUAUCAAAAGCCACCAAUUGGGGCGUCCAUUGAUGCAGGACAAACACCAGCGACGCAGUAUCAGCAGAUACUCGGUGAUAAGCCGGCGCAUGGGAGCUACAGUAAGCCUUCGUCGAGAUUCUCAAGGAAUAACCUGAAGCAGCUGAGUAAGCGGGAGCCGCACAAUUACGAUAAAGCCCUACCAACACCCCAUCAGACAAACAUCUACAAUCAGAUCCUCAUUCAGCAGCAAGAGCAGCAGCAACAGACGCUGCAGUCAAUGAUUCAAAUGCCCCAACCGUCGGCCUUUACGGGGAUUCAGGCAACGAAUAGUUUUCAGGGGAACACCACAAUGGGGGCACAGCAGAAUGUGAUGCAGGUGCCACAGCAUCCACAGUUACCGCUGCCAAUGGCACAAAAUUCCCAAACUUUGUACAAUUUGCUGUCACAGCAGCCAUGCACUGCGUCGUUUGAUCAGAGAUCAACGUCACCCACAAAGGUGCCCUACAAUCAGUUCAAAUCAAUGUCCGUGGGUUUCCCGGGGAAUCAAAUGGUCACCACAACGGUGCCCAUGAUGAAUGCCCAAACACCCACGGCAACGAGCAAUUUGAUUGCUAUCUCAGAACCCGCCCCGAAUUCAAAGGAAAUGUACAGAUCCAAUAGUUUGCCCCUCAAUGCCACGCUCUUGUUCAACAAUACCGGCACAAAGGAAGCCACAAGUCAAUUUGUCCUGCCUAAAUAUCAGCCAAAGUCAAAGGCACGUAGCCGGAGCAAUUCAAUUGUGAUGAAGGCUCAGCCACAGCAGCAGGUACUCUCGUCCACGCUGCAGGCAGCAACGAGUGAACCGGCCCUUCUGCAGUUGCUGCAGCAACAGGCAACGCCGAGCACAACAAUCGGUAAGCAGCACGGGGGCUCCCAGACGAACCUCACGAGCAGCACCACCGCAGCACCAUCCACCUCAAGGCGUCACGACACGAGUCCCGCACGAAUGGUUGGCAGUGAAUCCCCAUCGAGUGCAUUGGGUCUAUCGCCGGAAAUUGCGAUGGAUCAGCACGAAAUGGGUGGGCCACUGUCACCGUCGAAGGACCCAUCGAAGUACCCACAGCGCAGAGCGGGGCACAUUCAUGCGGAGCAAAAGAGGCGGUACAACAUAAAGAAUGGCUUCGAUGUGCUGCAAUCGCUGAUACCGCAGCUACAGCAGAAUCCAACGGCCAAGCUGAGCAAGGCGGCAAUCUUGCAAAAGGGCGCCGAAUACAUUCGCCAACUCAAGGCGGAACGGGCGGCUAUACAUGAAAAGACCGAGGCGAUGCGUGGCGAGCGGGAUAAACUCAACAGUUCGCUCAACCAUUUGCAUUCAAUCCUACCCGCCAAUGGAGCUCCAGUUUCGCGGCAACGGACAGGAAGGGUUCUGGAACUCUACAACCAAUACGUACGGUACAGAUCAGUCGAUAACUGGAAGUUCUGGAUUUUUGGCCUGAUCUUUGAGCCUCUUCUCAACUCCUUCAACUCCACAGUCUCAAUUGCGAGUGUUGAUGAACUCUGUCGAACUGCAAUGCUGUGGGUAGAUCAAAAUUGUUCACUGGUUGAGCUACGACCAGCUGUGACGAAUAAAUUGCGCUACUUGUCCACCAAUACGGACAUCCUUUCGGCGGAGAAUCCUUCGACGCUACGCGAGGAGGUCCUGAAGGCAAUAUCGUCGCAGCAACUCCAGGCACGAUCAUCCGCCACGAUGAAUAGCAACUGAACGCUGAUAGCAGCAAUUCACCCUCCAUGCUGUGCUACGGCGGGGGUGUGUGAAGCAAAGGGGGCAAUUUCUUGUUUUAUUCUUAUUUUAUUUUUGUUAUUUAGAACGUGUUUUUUUUUAUUUUAUACAUUUACAAACCUAUUUACCCUCGUAUAGCCUCUUUGUGUAAAUAAUUAUUAAGUGUUGCAACACGA